UUUAGUAAUAGAAGUUGUGGUUAAGUUGCUGAAAUAUAAAUAUUUAUUGCUUAUUUUCUAAUAUUUAUUAAAAAGCAUCAGUUCUAUAUAUAAUAUAAGCAUUUUUCAUUAAAAAUGAAUCCUCUAACGAAUAUGAAAAAUGUUAAGAAGCUCAGCGAACAGGAGCUCAAAACGAAUUCAAAGUCGUCCUGGCAUGAUCAAUAUAAAGACAGUGCUUGGGUAUUUGUUGGUGGUUUACCUUAUGAUUUAACUGAAGGUGAUAUAAUUUGUAUAUUUUCCCAGUAUGGUGAAAUUGUAAAUAUAAAUUUAGUGCGUGAUAAAGAUACAGGAAAAUCUAAAGGUUUCUGCUUUAUUUGUUUUGAAGACCAGAGAUCAACAAUUUUAGUAGUUGAUAAUUUUAAUGGCCUGAAGAUUUUAGGAAGAACAUUACGUGUAGAUCAUGUUAGUGAUUACAAAGUGCCAAAAGAAGGGAAGAAAACUGAUGAGGAAACAAAGCGUUUGUAUAGUGAAGGUUGUGCCCCUCAAAUAAUAGCUAAGCCAAAAGUGGGAAUUAAUCCAGUAAAAAUUGAACAUGAUGAUGUGAGAGAAACACUUGCUGAUCAAAUAUCUGGUGAAAUUAGACUGCCUCCCAGACUGCCAAUCUAUCCAAUUAAACAAGAGAAAUUUGAAGAUGAUAAUGAUGAGAAAAAUAGAAAUAUGUCAGGUAAAAAAAAGAAAAAAGAGAAAAGGAAAAUUUCAAAAAAGAAACAAAAUAACAGUUCUAGUGAAGAAAAAAGUUCAGAAACAGAUGAGGAUAAAAAUACACAAAAGCAUAGAAAAAUUACAGCAUUCAAAAGCAGGUAUCAAAGUAAUUCUGAAAGUAGUGAUUCACAACAAAAAGGCAAGAGAAAAAGUGAAGAAUCUCUGAAAGUGCAUAAAAAAUUUAAGAAAGAUCCCAAUGAAAAAAGCAAUAUGGAGAAUAAGAAAAAAUAUUUUGGUGAAAAAAAAAGGUAUGAUUUAGAUGAAAGGAAAAGUAACAAAUUUAUAGAAAGAGGUAAUAGUCAUUACAAAAACAAAAAUAUAUAAAUUAAAGCAGGCAAUAACUGAGUUGUAAAAUGAAAAGUAGUAAAGAAAAAUGUGAUGUACCUCAAAAUUAGAUAAAACAUUAAAUUAAAUAGAGAAAAGUAUUGUUUUUGUAAAAAUACUUGCAUUAUUUGAAGAAAUCAAAAAACAUUUUCUCUAUAUUUUUUACUUAAGUAACUUUUUGUAUUCCCUUUUCUUGAUAUA